UAUCCAUAUAUAAGCUAAGCUUUGCAACUCUAUAAAAGCCGUCUCGUUGCUCCCAUCUUCUUGUGAGUGUGUUGUUUUCAAUUCUUGAAUCAUUAUUUUAUUGUCAACAUGGAGGUUGAGAAGGCGUUAUUAGUAGAGAAACCCAUAUUUAUUGAACCAAGCAUUAUUGAUAAUGAUGAUUGGGUAGUUUCAUCCAAAUCAGAAACGAGUAACAUUGAUUUGUGCAACCAUUUUGAAACCUUUAAGAUGCUUGUAAAGAUGGAACUACCAUGUAAUAAUAAUGAAUCUGUUGAGGAAAAGCUUCGUUGGCUUAGAUCUCAGAUGAUAGGUAACGCUGCUGAGUUCUAUUCUCCAUUUGGAAGAAGAGAACUUGUAUAUGCUGAUCACACUGCUUCAGGUCGCAGCCUUCAAUACAAUGAAGAUUUCAUCAUCAAACAUGUUCUUCCUUUUUAUGGCAAUACUCACACGUGUGACAGUUAUGUGGGAAGUAGAAGCACAAGAAUUUUGCAUGAAGCAAGCGAGUACAUUAAGGAAUGCUUAGGAGGUGGAGAAGAAAAUGCAAUCAUAUUCUGUGGUUCGGGGACAACCGCAGCCAUCAAGAGGCUCCAAGAAGUAAUGGGCAUCGCGGUGCCCUCAAUUCUGAGGGAAAGGGUGGUAAAGAGCCUCAGCAAAGAAGAAAGAUGGGUUGUGUUUGUGGGACCCUACGAGCACCAUUCCAACCUGCUUUCAUGGCGGCAAAGCUUGGCCGAAGUAGUUGAGAUUGGCCUCGAUGAUGAAGGCUUGCUAGACAUGGAUGCCCUUAAGCUACAACUUGAGGCCUACAAAAAUACCAACAGACCCUUGUUGGGAUCUUUCUCUGCUUGUAGCAAUGUCACCGGGAUAAACUCCGACACGCCAGCCAUUGCUCGCCUUCUUCAUCAAUACAACGCCUUUGCAUGCUUUGAUUUUGCAGCAAGUGGGCCAUAUGUGGAGAUUUGCAUGAGGAGAGAGAAGAGUAGGGAUGAUUGGUAUGAUGCAGUGUUCUUGAGUCCGCACAAGUUUGUUGGUGGUCCUGACACGCCGGGAAUUCUCCUCAUGAACAAGGCACUGUACAGGUUGAAUUCUUCCCCACCCUCCAUUUGUGGAGGUGGCACUGUGAAUUAUGUCAACGGCUUCGACGAGAAGGAUACGUUAUACUUGGAGAACAUAGAAGAAAGGGAAAAUGGGGGCACCCCUCCAAUAAUCCAAACAGUAAGAGCAGCCUUAGCAUUUUGGGUGAAAGAAUAUAUUGGCUACAAAGAGAUUGAAAUAAGGGAACAAAUAUACAUUAACAGGGCACUUAAGAGGCUCAUCUCAAACCCUAACAUUAAGGUUUUGGGAAACAAAAGCACCAAAAGACAAGCUAUUUUGUCCUUUGUGAUUUAUUCUACCUCCAAUUCCUCAUCAACAUGUUGGGGCAACGAUCAAAACCAAGAAAAUAGUAAUGAAGAGGAACUUAAUUUGUGGGAAGAGAUUGGGAACUACAAAAGGGGUAAAUUACUUCAUGGACCUUUUGUUGCAACAUUGCUCAAUGACCUAUUUGGCAUUCAAGCUCGUGGUGGGUGCGCUUGUGCUGGACCUUAUGGCCACCAUUUGCUCAAUAUCAACAAAACUCAAUCUCUUGAUGUUAGGUCAGCCAUUCAACAGGGUUAUGUUGGAAUAAAACCUGGAUGGACCAGAGUGAGUUUUCCCUAUUACAUGGACGAAGAGGAUUUUGAGUUCAUUCUAGCAGCCAUAGAGUUUGUAGCCAUGUAUGGCCAACGGUUCCUUCCUCUUUACAGCUUCAACUUGAGAAAUGGAAGAUGGAGAGUAGUGAAGACUCAGGAACUUGGGGCUCUAAUAAAGGAAAACAACAAUAAUAAUAAUUAUUGCAACUAUAGAAGAACUAUGGAGGAAACAAGCGUUGAGUAUGAUAAUGGGGUUAAUAAUAAGCAAGUUAGAAUGUUGAGGAGAAAAUCUUACCUUGACAUGGCUAAGUAUAUCGCUACUCGCCUCCCAAAGUUCCCUUCUCAAACCAUGCUAAUGGAAAACGUAAAUCCCAGUGCACUCCAUUUUAGAAUUUAAUUAGCUUCACAAUAUCAACAUAUAUUCGUUACAUAUAUAUUCAAUUUUGUCAUAGACUAUAGUAUUCGUUUCACAUGUUAACCUAAUAAGAAUAAUAAAUAGUUAUAGAAAUAAAGAAAUAUUUUAAUUAGCAGUUUAUGUCUUUAUGAUAGUCAUAAAAAAUUGUAAAAAUUUUAUGUUAGUGAUAGAUUAAUAUAAGGGGAGUUCUAUGGUGUGGAUAGAAAAAAAAAUCCACACCUAUAGAUAUUAUGUGGCAAGCCUCUUAGAUGAACACGUUGUGCUUGGCCAUAGUCAGGGGAUUCAGUUGAUGGGACACUCGGUCAGGGGUUUUGCAGUUGUACUGCAAAAUUGUAGAAAAGUUAAUCAGUAUAAUUAGAUCCUAAUUGUUUUUGGUAAGUUGGGGCUCUUGGGCAAUUUUUUUUUUUUUUGUAUGUGGCCAUGAGUGGGUUUUUGGGUUUGGGUCACAUUUUUUUAUGCAAGUGCAGAAUAAGUGGAUAAAAUUUAGUCACUGGUAACAAUAAAAAGGAAGUGGGCUACAAAUUUUGUUAGACUUGUCUGGGUUAACCGGUUUUUUAAUUUCCAAGUGAUAUGGUUAAGGUUAUGUAACUGUUCUUUUGUUAGAUUG